GAACACUUUGACGCGGAGACGCCCCGCCUUUGUGAAUAGCAAUGCUUUAAACGAAGAAUAUGUAGGUCCCGGCCUUUCCAGAUCCUCUCGCGUUUUGUCUUCUCCCAUAGGACCAAGACAAGACAAGACAAGACAAGGCUACUCUGUCUCCUGACCUCACAGCAACCAUGGCAUCAUCCAAAGCUCCUGCGCCCUUUGCUGAACCUCUCCUCCCUCAACUCGAUCUCCCUGUGAACCCCUAUUAUACCGAGAAGCAUCACCGCCUGCGAGCAUUUGUGAGAAACUAUAUUGAGACCGAGAUUGCUCCAUAUGCCCAAGAAUGGGAGAUUGCAGGACAGGUCCCAGAAGAAGUCCGCUUACGGCACUGUCAGUUGGGCUUUGCCAUCACACACCCGGUGAUGGACCCAGCAGAUGCUGGUGGAAUUCAACACCCCGCGGGCAUCCCAUUUGAUGAAUGGGACACAUGGUGCGGUGUCAUCGUUGGCGACGAGUUCAACAGAUUGGGAUGGUGUGGUCCGAUGUGGGGGUUGGGCGGAGGAAAUGGUAUCGGAUGCCCUCCCAUUAGUCGCUUUGGCACCAAGGAGCAGAGACAGAAGUGGCUGCCCAAAACUGCAAGAGGUGAAUAUCGUUUCUGCUUGGGCAUCACAGAACCCGACGGUGGAAGCGAUGUUGCAAACAUCAAGACCACCGCCGAGCGAGUAGGAAACGUCUAUCGUGUCAAUGGGUCAAAGAAGUGGAUUACCAAUGGCAUUUGGGCGACUCAUUGUACCGCAGCUGUUCGAACAGGUGGUCCAGGGCAUGGUGGCAUUAGUCUACUGGUCAUUCCUCUGAACUUAGAAGGCGUCAUGACGAGAAGAAUUGAGAACCAGGGUGUUCAUGCUAGUGGUUCCACCUUUAUCGGCUUCGACGAUGUCGAGGUUCCUGUUGAGAAUAUAAUCGGGAAGGAAAACCACGGCUUUCAGCUCAUCAUGUCCAACUUCAACCCUGAAAGACUCGCUCUGGCUACUGCCGCUCUUCGCCUCUCCCGGGUGUGCGCCUCUGAUGCCUACGAAUAUGCCUGCGAACGAGAAACAUUUGGCAAGAAGCUGAUUGAGCACGGCCCCAUUAAAGCCAAGAUUGCAUCCUUUGGCCUUUUGAUUGAACCCGCACAUGCCUUCCUGGAACAGCUCUGUUACAUCAUUGAGACGUCUCGCAAGACGGGCAAAGAGGUAAAUGUUGGAGGAAUGACUGCAUUGCUCAAAGUCAUGAGCACACGCUGCUUGGAGCAGGUUUCGCGCGAAGCCCGCCAGAUUAUGGGCGGAGCCGCAUAUACCAAGACCGGAAAAGGCGCACGAAUUGAACAGAUCAUCCGUGAUGUUGGAGUCCACGUCAUUGGCGGAGGAAGUGAGGAGAUCAUGUCCGAUCUGGCCGUUCGGCAGGAGGCAAGAGAUGUUGUGGUGAGGGCGAAAAAGCUGGCGUCGGCCAAACUAUAGACUGUACCUCAAUCGAGACCAAACUCGGCCCUUUUGCUUGCUAUCAUUUCAGCGGCCU